AUGAGCGCGGACGUGCUCGUGUCUCUCGCGGUGGUCGCGGGCUUCGUCGUCGCGAGCGAGGGCGCGCGCCGCUGCUCGGGCAUCGUCCUGGCGGGAACGAGCCUCUCUGCGUACGCGCGGGAACUCGUGUGCACGUUCCAGCUGUGCUGUUGCACGCACGAGCUGAAGCUGCUGUCGGAGGUGGGCGGGAUCGCGCCUCGCAUCGCGCUCACGUUCACGUACGUGUUGUCGGUCGUGCACGCGCUCACCUUCCGCGGAGCCAUCGCCAACCCAUCCGGCGCACUCGCGCACGCGUGCCGCGCCAGGCUGUCGCGCGGCGCGGCGCUGCGGCGGGUGGCGUGUCAGUUUGCCGCAGCAGUGGCCGCGCGGGCGGCGGUGCGCGCCGUGUGGAGCCUCGGCUGGUCAGCACUUCACGCGCGUCACCGGUUGCUAGGUUACCACUGCAGCAGCCCCAUCCGCGUGCCUUUGCUAAUGGCGACGCUCGUGGAGCUCGCGUGCGCGUUCGCGAUUCAAACCGCGAUCACGCACACGCGCGCGCUGGAGGAGAAAUACCGCGUGCACGCAGUCGCUGUAGUCAUCACCUCAACUGUGUACGCAGGUGGGAGCUGGACAGGAGCGGUGUCCAACCCGGCCCUGGCCUUCUCCACCCAGUUCCCCUGCAGCGGCAGCUCCUUCUCCCACUACUGUGCCGUCUACUGUUUGGGCCCCCUGCUGGGGACCAGCGCCUCCGUGCUGCUGUCUGAUCGAGUGGUGCCUUGGCUGCUGAGGACGCCGGCGUCUCCAUGGCAACCAGAGUCCAGGAAGGGUCAGUGAGGAGCACCCAGGCCAGAGCACCUGACAGCAUGCUAGCUUUAGCACAUGCCUCACCUGGACAGCAGCCUGCUGAGUGUAACUGGGCUAAAGAAUAAACACGUGGUGACA